GGGCUCAGAAAGUAGUUGGCCGCAGUUCAUCGAGUUCUCCGUCUCCGAGGGGGUUGUAGCCACGGCUCCAGAGUUCAACUUCGUCGGUAACAAUGGGUAACACAUCCUCCAUGCUCACUCAGUACGACAUUGAAGAAGUCCAGCAACACUGCAAUCACGCAUUUACGCAGCAAGAGAUCGUUUCUCUAUACGAACGUUUUUGUCAACUCGAUCGCAACAAUUGUGGUUUCAUUCCUUCCGAUGAAUUCCUCUCCAUUCCAGAAUUCGCCGUCAAUCCUCUCUCUCAGAGUUUGUUGAGAAUGCUGGAUGGAUUCAACUUCAAGGAGUUUAUAGCUUUUUUGUCUGCAUUCAGUCCUCGCGCCACUCUCCAAAACAAAAUUGAAUUUAUUUUCAAGGUUUAUGAUACGGAUUGCAAUGGAAAAGUUAGCUUUGAUGAUAUAUUGACAGUUUUGAGGGAUUUGACUGGACAAUAUAUGUCUGAAGAUCAGAGAAAGGAAGUUCUGGCACAGGUCCUUGAGGAAGCUGGAUAUACAAAGGAUUCAUUCUUAGUCUUGUCUGACUUCAUGAAGAUUCUUGGCAAUUCGGAUUUGAAGAUGGAAGCUGAGGUUCCUGUGGAUUAGCACGAUGACAGCAUUUACCCUCUAGUAUAAUUUACCCACAAAAAUACCUCUCAGUCAUGCCUUAUUCUAGAUUUGAUUAAGGAGAUUCUUGAUUCUGAUAAAUCUUUUCUGCCUCAUAGUGAAUGAUAGUGUAUUUGUUGAUAGCAUAAUAAAAACUUGGUGAUAAAGUUUUAAACAGUUGCUUUCAGCGCUAUGUAUUUCUAUUUAGAAAUAAUGUUUGAAGUAAA